AUGGCGGAUCAAAACCCUAAGCCGUUACAGUUCUUCGUCAAGCUCCUCAACGGAAAAUCCCUAACCCUAACGUUCCCCUCUCCGUCAGCCUAUGGCGACCAAAUCAAGCAGCGGAUCUUCGAUCACACUCAGAUCCCAACUCAUCUACAGCGUCUAAUCCACGGAGGACACCAGAUCUCCGACGGAUCCACCGUCUCUCAAUCCGAUUCCACCGUAAACCUCGUCCUCUCCCUCCGCGGAGGCAAGGGAGGGUUCGGAUCCUUGCUCCGUGGCGCGGCGACGAAGGCGGGGCAGAAGAAGACGAACAACUUCGACGCGUGUAGGGAUAUGAGUGGGAGGAGGUUGAGGCAUGUGAACGCGGAGAAGAGGCUUGAGGAGUGGAAGGAAGGUGAAGAGGAGAGGAGGCUUGAGAAGUUGGCUCAUGAGUUUUUGAAGAAGCAGGCGAGUAGAGUUAAGGAAGGUGUUGGAAAUGGAGCGACGCAGAAGUAUGUUAAGAAGUAUAAGGAGGAGUCUGAUAAGUGUAUUGUGGCGGUUGAUUUGGCGUUGGAGGAGUCUUUUAAGAAUGGGAAGAGGAAGGUUUAUGCUGAGUCUGAAAAGUCUAAGAGGCUAAAGAUUUGGAAGGGGAAGAGAGCUGUUGGAGAUAGUGACAGUGAUGAUAGCAGCGACGAGGAGGAUGAGGAAUCUGUUGUUUUAAAGAAUGGUAGUAGCCAAGCUGUUCUGGAUAAGGGUAUUGGUGAAAGCUCAGGCUCGGUUAUGGAUGGAGGUAAAGCAUCCAGCAGUAGCGGUUCAGAGGAAGAGAAAGAUAUUGUGGUGCACCAAAGCUCUAAGGGAGAGAUCACCGGUGUUCAAGUGAUUAGUGAAGAAAAGAUGGAUGAUUCUCCUGUCGCUGUUGUUCAAACUGAAAAGGAGGAGGAGAAUUCAAGUGGCGACGCAGAGAAGAGUGUCAAAGCAGCUGCUGAGAAACAAGACAAUGAUUCUGAAGUAAAGACAGUAGGAGCUGCGGGAGAAACAGAGUCUGUUGCUGCUGCAGCAUUACCUGCGGGGCCGCUUAACUUUGAUGACUUCAACUCGGCAAAAGAUAUGGAGGUAAUGGGGAUGGAGAGAUUAAAGACUGAACUUCAGUCUCGUGGACUGAAAUGCGGAGGGACAUUACAAGAGAGGGCUGCGAGGCUGUUCUUACUUAAAUCUACACCACUCGAUAAGCUCCCAAAGAAAUUGCUGGCCAAGAAAUGA